AUGGCACUCCGUCGUAUCGUGUCCUUCCACGGAGCGACUAGACUCCACUCCAACGAUGGCCACAUGAGCACAGUCCACAAAAUGCCCCGAAUUUACAACGGGAGACGACGAAGAUCCGUAGUUACUUGUUACCACCGACGCACUAGCGCAAUGACGGAAACUGAAACAGCUGUCGAGGAAACAGACACAGCCGAGGAAAUGACGGACCAGGAGGCUCUUCUUUUGCUUUGGAACAGCUUCAAGCCACAGCCAACAGACUGCCGAGUGGACCUUCAGAAGGAAUGUACUGAUCGCUUCAACAAAUGCUUCGCCAAGUAUGGCCAACCAUUGCCUUUUCCUGAUGCAGUUUGUCUCCACAAGAAGUGCUAUGCAGUAGCCCUGGCAUCCCAUGAAUAUCUCAAGAUGCUGCUUGAACUCCCAAGGCCUGAAAUCUUGAUCUCUGCAUGGGAAAUUACGAUUGUGGAUCGAGACAAAACUGGGGAAGGCAUUUCAGAGGACAUUGCAUUCACCUUGCGAGAGCUUUCUCUUAAGCUGGCAAGAACACCACCGUCUAUCUUUGGCAAUCAAAAUGAAGUGAGGGAUCAGAGCAUUUUCCUUCAGCUAGACCCCUUUGGAACCACUGAACCUGCCGGAACUGAGAAUCAGCGCCACGGCAUGAUAUUGUGGAUGGCAGCACAUAAUGUACUUGGGAACGCAUGGUGGGAUGUCUAUACUUCGAAGUCUCUUCAGCCUGCUAUUGAUCCAGAUCGCCAGGCCCUGCGAAUCACCUCGGGGAACCAGACAUACUUCGUGACACAAAAAGCAAAGGAAUCAAUGACGACUGCCAUUCAGUACAAUGCCAAUCCAACCCCCCCCCCCCAAUCUUCUUUAGAUGCAAGUCUGCCGUUGUUGCGGUAUGUGAAGUCCUAG